AUGGCGUCCGCGGACGUGGACAGCAGUCAAAGCGACUUUCUGCAGGAAACGCAGACGACUGAUAUGUCUGCUAUUCAGCUGUCGGGAUCAGACCGCUGGGAAGUGUUAACACCCGUCUCGGCCGCCAAGGAUGACACCAACGGCGGGAUUGUCGCGUCCAACGGGCAGUACGUCCUUCCCCUUGGAGGUCUUCCCAGCCAGCCCAUCUAUGUCACAGCACCUGGUGGGGAGGCGACAGCCAAUGGCGUGUCUGGUAUUCAGUAUCAGGUCAUCCCUCAGAUCCAAAAUGCGGACGGGACGCUAACAAGCUUUCAGACGCAAGGCCUGGAUGACAGCGCGGGGCCGAUUCAGCUCCUGCAAGACGGCGGACAAAGCGGACAAGCCGGCGGCAUCGGAAUUAGCUGCGCGGCGGCGGGGACCACCGACCUCCUGACGCAGGCGGGUCAAGUGCAGUCCAUCCAGGGCCUCCCGCUGGCCGGGGGCUCGGCAUACCCGGUGGGGCUGCCCGGCAACAUCACCUUCGUGCCCAUCAACAGCGUGGACCUAGAGUCGCUUGGUCUGACGGCGGCGCAGACGGUGCCCAUCGCCACCGGUGUGACGCCGGAGGGCCAGCUCAUCAUGAGCGGCCAGACCCUAGAAAGCGCCGGGCAGGGUGCCAAACUGACGGCGGGGGCUGACGGCAACCAGGAGCUGUACGCGCCCUCCUCCGACGCCCCCUCGCAGCUCCCUGCCACCAUCGACGGGACGGGCGUGCUGACCCAAGCCACGGCCGUGUCCGCCGGCGUGGCCGACCCCUCGUCCUCGGCGGAGAACUUUAAUUCCCACCUGCAGCAGAUCCAGGUGCCGUCUUCGAGUGCCGCCACCCUCUCCCAGCCCAUCCUUCAGCUGUCAGGCGACGCUCAGGCCCCGGUGACUGUGGGCCAGGACCUGAACACGGCACCGGCUGGCCAGACGCUUCAGAGCGUCCAGCUGGUCAACCCGGGAACUUUCCUCAUCCAGGCCCAGACGGUUAGUCCCACUGGGCAGAUCCAGUGGCAGACCUUUCAGGUUCAGGGGGUUCAGUCACUUCAGGGGCUCCAGCUGCCUCAGGGGCAGGGCCAGCCGCAGCAGCUGACAUUGGCACCUGUGCAGACUCUCCCGCUGGCCCAGGCGGGCCAGGUCAGCCUGCCCAACCUCCAGACGGUGACCGUCAACUCGCUGACGCAAAGCGGGGUUCAGUUCACGCAGCAGGCCGACAACACCAGCAGCCCCGCUGGCAUCCAUAUCAAGGAAGAGCCCGAGUCUGAAGAUUGGCACCUUAGCGGCGACUCGACUCUGAACCCCAGCGACCUGAACAACCUGCGCGUGCACAUGACGACCGCCGACGACGACGCGGACGGUGGCGGCGGCGAGGGCAAGAGACUGCGGAGGGUGGCCUGCACCUGCCCCAACUGUAAAGAGUCCGGAGGAAGAGGUUCCGGGCUGGGCAAGAAGAAGCUGCACAUCUGCCACAUCGUGGGCUGCGGCAAAGUGUACGGCAAGACGUCGCACCUGCGCGCCCACCUGCGCUGGCACAGUGGCGAGCGGCCGUUCGUUUGCAACUGGAUGUACUGUGGCAAGAGGUUCACCAGGAGCGACGAGCUGCAGAGACACAGGAGGACGCACACAGGUGAGAAGAAGUUUGUGUGCGGCGAGUGCUCCAAGCGCUUCAUGCGCAGCGACCACCUGGCCAAGCACAUAAAGACUCACCAGAACAAAAAGGGCGGCGCGCCCGUCACCUCCUCGUCGUCGCCCUUGCCCGCCGACACCCUCAUCACGGCCGACGGCACCACGCUCAUCCUGCAGUCGACCGCCGCCCGCAACCUGGUGGCCAAUCAGGAGAUCCCGCUGCAGCUGGUCACCGUGGCGCCUGGCGAGGUCAUCGAAUGA